UUUUUUACGAUAUUUAACCUUCUCUGUUCAUAAACCUCCCUCGAUUCAUUUCGCCCACAAACUCGCUCUAGGGUUUUGAUUGGCGACUCUGAAGAUCGAAAGACAAUGGGCCAGAAGAAGAAGUCAGCUUCGCUUUUCAUCAGGCUUGUUUCUGCUGCUGGGACUGGAUUCUUUUAUGUGAAGAGGAAGAACCCCAAGCGGAUCCAGACAAAGCUUGAGUUCCGGAAGUACGACCCGCGGGUGAAUCGCCAUGUUCUGUUUACCGAGGCAAAGAUGAAGUGACGCAGAAAAAAGGCCCAUGACAAGAUCCAUCUGUGCGUGUCCUAUAUCCUGGAUCAGCAUGGUGUUGCUCCUAUUACUUGUAGUCCAUUUUUCAAUUAACCUGCCCCUAGAUGCAGAAAACAUAGGAGUAGUAUUUUCAACCAAGGGAUAGUUUCUAAAUUCUCAGUGUAUCGUUUGCAGUGUGACGACUUCUGUUAUAUUUCUUGGAAGUGCCAAACUUUGUUAUCAGGAAUACACGAUUCACGGUAAGUAUCAUUCGGUUUGAUUCGACACGCCAAGCAAUUGGCUUGGGUACUGAACACCAUCAAGCGAGAUGUGUAGAACACACGGCGAUAUGGAUAUCGAGAGCCUUUUGAGGAGAGCAGUAAGAUUGCAUGAACUGCAAAAUUUUAAUCAUCCACCCAUUUGAUGAGGUGUAGAAUCUUGUAAUGGGUUUAAUGUCGUAUAUAAAUUCUUAUUGUAAUAAGAUUUCUCUCAAUUUGGUUUGGCAAAAUAAUAGUACUACUACUUGUUAUUCCGAUA